AUGAAAAGAGAUAAAUUGAUGAACUCAGGAUCGAUUAUACAAGAUUUGGAAGGAAGCAAUUUGGGUUUUGGAAGUCACGAAACUUUCAUGAAUGCUAUUAAUUUCGAAACAGAAAUCACUACCAUAAGUUUAUUGAAGAUUCAUAUCCUAAGAUUGGUAUUGAUUUUUAACUGGUCAUUAUAUGCCUAUUUUAAGGAAUUUUAUGGGUUUUUGGUUGAAUUUACCCAAACACUUAAUAUCGUCUAUAAUAUAUUGAGCAUUAAUAUUUUUCAUGUUGAAAAAUUCAUUCAAUUGGUGGCUAAAUUAGUGGUAUUGAUGUAUCUCAAUGUAGACCAAAAUUCAUUGAAUAUUCUUUUUGAGUUCUUGCCUAAACCUGAAGCUUUACCCAACUCCAUUGCGUUGAUUUUGAAACUUCAACGAAAUCCCAUCCCAACACCUCCAGAAAUUCCUCAACCUUUCCUUGAUUACGAUAAAAAAUUGGUGGUGCCUAAUGAGAUACAAGUGAGUGAAGCUUUCAGGCUGAGAAAUGAAUACUUCACUCAUCAGAGGUUAUUCGUUGUUAGUGAAAAGUUCAGAAUGAUGAAUGAAUUAUCAAAGUUCAUUCUAUGGAGCAGUUUAUCGAAUAUCGAGUUCAUCAACAUAUAUGAACCCUCAGGUAUUUUAUGGGGCAAUACUGAAGCAUUAGACAUAGUCCGUCAAUGUAUCAUUAGUGAGAUCACUUCUCAAUUGAAAUUAUCCCCCAAUGAGAAGAGUUUAAGGAAUCUUGUUCCUAUAAUUCAACUAAUUGAUAUAAAUCUGGGAAUCGAAUUGGAGAUUAAUAUAAAUGAAUCAAAAUGUACUCAAGGUGUGCAACAUGCAAGUAGUCAGCUGUUUACUGACCAUUUGAUGGAACAUCCCUUUGAAACUGACGGCACAGGUCCGACAGAGGAAGUGGUGAUUGAGAAUGAUGAACAGGAUUGGAUAGAUGACGUACGUAUUAGGAAAUUCAAAGUUUACUUCAGUGAUAAGAAUAUCCAGGAUUUAAGAAAUUUACCAAUUUUCUCAGAAUUGAUUCUCAUCCCCUCGAGUGAUGAUUUGAAACUUUUAGGUUUCAUUACGUCCAUGGAGCAUAAUGAGACUGUUCUUUAUUCUACAGAGAACAAAUUUGAUUUCAAAACCUUUGUAAAAGGUUUACAUUAUUUUGCUAACUCAAUCGCGAACAAAAAAUAA